CGUGACGGUGAACGGAUUCCUUUAGUGUCCGGUCCGGCUAGACCGGCGCCUCUGCUGGGGUUAGGGGUUAGAUUCCCUACUCAGUGGAAGAAUGUCCUCUGCUGGGUUAGGGGUUAUAUUCCCUACUCAGUGGAAGAAUUUGUUCACUCAUGUAGCCAAUAACUCUGUUAAUGGAGUCUGUUGAUGCCAUAAUUCUGGCCUGUCUGACCGCCGGCUAUUACCGCUUACUGGUGGACUCCAGGCGCUAUUGGAGAACUUAACAUAAACUUUCUUAAGAGAAAUGUGGGAGGAGAAUGCGGAAGCGAGUCACGAGGCGAGAGUGAAGCAGAACUACCGGGUGAUAGAGUGGACCUACAGCACGCCUUACAAGGCAACAGAGGACCGCGACUGCAGUCAGCGAUGUGGCCAGGACUUCUCGGAAUACCUGGAGAGCUCGGACCUGCAUGGAGAGAGUGUAGCUUGCACAAAACUGAAGCAGGCAUUGGAAGACGACCCCUCCUUAGCUCUCUAUAAUGAAACAAAUGCAGCCGCCACCCACACCCACCACCUCCACCUCCACCACCUGCACCUCCACCACCACCUCCACCGCCAUUAAAGAGGAGCACAGAUACCAGUGGGCAUUUACCGGGCCUGUACCCCUCCAAGAGAAAUCCCUCACUCGAGUCGAGCACAGACAGCCUCAGGAAACUGAGAAGGAGCUGGAGCAGCAUUACAGAUGCAGCCAGAUGGCCCGUGAGCACGGCAGCCCAGAGGAGCUGCUGCUCACUCUGACACAAAGCUUCCACACGCUCUGCUGUCUGACGCAGGCUUGCAUGUCGCUGGUGGAAGGCCUGAGCGCCGAGCGGCAGCGGCGUGAGGUGGUGGCCCGGCUGGACGAGGUCGUCAUGAACUACGUGUGUCUGCUGAAGGCUGCCGAGGCGGCGUCAGGAAGCAACUGCAAUGACCAAAGUGUGAACGCACUGACGCGUCACUCUGCCGCCAUGUCCGUCGUCAUCCACAACCUAACGCACUCAUUGAGAACACUGAUACACAAAGACACGGCCGCUCCGUCUCUGCUCUGCUCUGAGUUUUGAGUUAAAGCCAGACAUGCCAUUGGUUGAAGCCGCCAAUUUGAACUGCGUCGAUAAACGUUGCCUUGUGUUUACAAUACUUAAUUAAGUAAAACAACUCUGUUGAUCAUAUUUAAACAUUUAAACAAUUACCGGUAUACAGAGACGUCUAUAAGAAUAUAAGUUAAACAUGGCAUAUAGUACCCGACACCAAUGCUAGAUGGGAUUAUUUUAUCAAUGACCUUUUGGGGCUUUCCAUGUGGACAGUGAAAUAUUUUAAGGUGUUCUUUAAAUCAAAAAGCAUUCAUCAAUUAUAAAAAUAUCGAGAGCUCUAGAGGCAAAUCAUUGCAAACAAUAUGUUUAAAAGUGUGAUGUUGUUGACUUUUCUGUAGAUUUCAUGAAUACUUUGCCCAUUAUCACUGAGUACUUUCCCUUUUUUGUCAGCACCCUCGUUAAUCAUUUAAACUUACGAAAUUACAAGAGAAUCUUUCUUUGUUUGUCAAUUUAGUUAUUAUGUUACCUUUGAUGAAAAAAACGUGUUAAAAUAAAAUUGCCUAAUAUCAUAUCCUUUAGAGUAGAGUAGAGUAACUAAGAAUGAAACGUUUAAAAUGGAGUACUUAACAUAAACUUUCUUACGAGAAAUGUGGGAGGAAUCUACGAUCCUAUGAUCUAUGUACCCUAAAAGGGAAGUAAAAAAAGCUGCUUUCUGCAAUUUUUGGAAGGUUACAUUUGACGAAGCUGCUGCAGUUUGAUUUAGUGUGUUCUCCCACAAGAGAAUUCAGUUAUUAUCCAGUGCUAUUGAAUUGACCAUUAACAAGGGUUUACUAUUUACAUAAUAUCUUUCGGGUCCAGCAUAUGCACAAUGUGAGUUAUUUAAUCACUCAAUUAUAAAAUUACUGCUCAUAUGCAAUCACUAAAAAUAUAUUUUUGUGAUUCUCCAUUUUUCAUAUGUGUAAUCUAUUAAACGUCUCAUUCGUCUCAUUUAUUUUUUUCAAAAUACAAUAACAUGUAACCAUGAAUUAAAAUUACACUUCAGA